AUGAGUUACCAAAGUGUAAAACAUGAGCAGCAAAGUAGUCAAAGUAACGCUUACUUUGCAAGGCGGAAACGCUUGCGUGAAGAAAGCACAUUUUCAAUUUGGCCACCUUCACCGAGACCUCACGAAAAAUAUGAUGUUCGCACUUCGCCUGUACCAGAACGCAGAGGAGACUCGAGACGAACAAGAACUAGAAAACGUGCACGGAGAAGUGCCACUGAUGAUUCCGAUGAUGAUUUUUCUUCCACCACCGGAUCUGAUACUGAAUCUGACUAUGAUAGUGAUGAUAGUGAAGGUAAAAAACGACGUCAUUCAAAGAAAAGACAUCGAACAUCUAAAUCUUCACGUCAUAGUCACUAUCACCACAAUAGCAGCAAACGUUCAUCCAAAUAUAAAAAUGACACUGACAACAGCUCUGCUACCGAGUCUUCAGACACGGAAAGAAGUGGCCCGAAAAAAGACAAUAAUGGCAGUAAUGAUGCAAUAGAAAUUGAUGAAAAUGAAUUGACGAACCUUAAUAUGAAUGAACUUUGGGUUGAGAAAAAAAUCGAGUUACCCGAAGAUCUUAAUAUGGGACCCGCGCCUUUACCAGUGACUGAUGCUAAACUCGGUGAAAGAGAUUAUGGUGGUGCUUUACUAGCAGGCGAAGGUUCAGCCAUGGCGGCGUACGUCCAAGAAGGAAAACGUAUCCCGAGACGUGGUGAGAUUGGACUUACUAGUAACCAGAUACAGUCAUUUGAAGAUGUUGGAUAUGUGAUGAGUGGCAGUCGGCAUCGUCGUAUGAACGCUGUCCGUAUCAGAAAAGAAAAUCAAGUUAUUUCCGCAGAGGAAAAACGUGCACUUAUGUUGUUCAAGUAUGUGUAUUUAAGAAUUUAA